GCUGUUGCAAGGAUUAAAUAAGAGAGUUUAGGCGAAUGAGCGCUCGGGCGCGCUCAGCUGCCCCAGUCCUUAUUUGUGAUCCAUAUUUUUCCGGCGCUACAGCUCAGGACCCCGCAGACUGCCCAGCGUCCCUGGGGAGCGCGCCGCUGGCCCUGGCAGAGCCGGGACACCUGGGGCCGUCCUCCCCCCCUCUGCACCCCGCGGUGUCGCCUUCCUAGGCGGCUCGGGUUCCUGGAUCCCCUUACCCGGGCAGCUCGGCUGUCGCGCCCUGGGCCGGGGGAGGGGAGGCCGCAGGAAGCAGCGGAUCCGGCGGCAGCGGAGGCGGUGGCCCGGGUGGCCUAGCUCCUCUGGUCAUGGAGAGCGCAGCAGCCCGCGAGACCCCGGGGGCAGAGGCCACGCGCCCGCCCGCACCCCCUCCCUCGCCCUCCGAGCCCCCCGCGGCGCCCCGCGCCCGCCCGCGCUUAGUUUUCCGCACGCAGCUGGCGCACGGCAGCCCCACGGGCAAGAUCGAGGGCUUCACCAACGUUCGGGAGCUCUACGCCAAGAUCGCUGAGGCCUUCGGGAUAGCGCCCACCGAGAUCUUAUUCUGCACCCUAAACAGCCACAAAGUGGACAUGCAGAAACUCCUGGGCGGCCAGAUAGGGUUGGAGGACUUUAUCUUUGCACAUGUGCGCGGCGAGACCAAGGAGGUGGAGGUCACUAAGACGGAGGAUGCGCUGGGGCUGACCAUCACGGACAACGGGGCCGGAUACGCCUUUAUCAAGAGGAUCAAGGAGGGCAGCAUCAUCAACAGGAUCGAAGCCGUGUGUGUGGGCGAUAGCAUCGAGGCCAUCAAUGACCACUCUAUCGUCGGCUGCCGCCACUACGAAGUCGCCAAGAUGCUCCGCGAGCUGCCCAAGGCCCAGCCCUUCACACUGCGCCUGGUGCAGCCCAAGAGGGCCUUCGAUAUGAUCAGCCAGAGGAGCCGUAGCAGCAAAUGCCCUGUGGAAGCGAAAGUGGCCAGUGGGCGGGAGACCCUGCGGCUUCGUUCUGGGGGGGCUGCCACAGUAGAGGAAGUGCCCAGUGAAUUUGAGGAGGAGGCGUCUCGGAGGGUGGAUGACCUGCUGGAGAGUUACAUGGGCAUUCGGGACCCAGAGCUGGGUAAGGGGCCAGGCGUCCACCAUGGUGGAGACGUCCAAGAAGACAAUGAGCGUUCAGGAGUUUGCACACCAUUUAGACUCCGUCUUGGGCGAGUUCGCCUUCCCGGACGAGUUUGUGGUGGAGGUGUGGGCCGCCAUCGGCGAGGCCAAGGAGGCCUGUGGCUAGUCUGCCCUGGGGCUGAGCGCAGCCCCAGUCCAGAGCCCAGCCCCCCUCCUCAGCCCUGCCGGCAGACUUCCGAAGCCCAGCCCUGCUCCAGAGCCCAGCUCAGAUCUGAGACCCAGCGCCCCUCUAGAGCCCAGGUCAUCUCUGAGACUGAGGUCACCUCUAGAACCCAUACCAGUUCUGAGACCAAACCUAGUUCUGAGACCAAGCCCUGCUCUAGAACUCAGCCCUCUUCUAGAACCCAGGCUAGCUCUGAGGCCAAGCCCAGCUCGGAGACCAAGUCCUGUUCUAAAACACAGCCCAGCUCUGAGGCCAAGCCCAGCUCUGAGGCUAAGCCCAGCUCUAGAACCAAGCUCAAUUCUGAGACUAAACUCUGUUCUAGACCCCAGGCCAGCUCAGAAACUAAGUCCAUCUCUAGAACACCAUUCAGUUCUGUGACCCAACCCAGCUCCAGAACCCCACCCUCGUCUAGAAACCAGGACAGCUCUGAGGCCAGGCCUAGCUCUGGCAUUAAGUCAAGUUCUGGAACCCAGACAAGUUUUAAGACCCAACCCGGCUCUGUGAUCAAUGCCAGUUUUGGAAGCCAACCCAGCUCUGUGACCAAGCCCUGCCAUAAAAUUCGACCUGACUCUGGGCUGCAAGACAGCUCAGUGACACAGCGGUACCCAGACACCCAGCCUAGCUCGGGAACCCCAGGCAGUUCUGAAACCCAGGUGAGACUCAAGAAGCAGCCCAGCUAUAGAAGCCUCUCCAGCUCAGGAUCCAAAGACAGCUCCCAAACCCAGCCCCAUUCACAAACCCAGACCAGCUCAGGAACCCGGGUGCAUGCGGCAGCUCAGUCCAGAUCCAGACCCCAGCCCUGCUCUAAAACCCAGUUUUCCUCAAGCACCCACCCCCACUCUGAGGCCCAGUCCAGCUCCAGUGAUGAGUCCAGCUCAGACAUUGAGCCCAGCUCCAGAUCCUGGCCUGAUGGUACAACUAGGCCCAUCUCAAGAAUUCAGACAAGCCCUGGAACCUCAUCCAUCUCUGAGGGAAUGCCUGUCUCCCCCGCUCAGCCUGACACCGGCCCCCCCUCUCACUGCAGUACACAGACCAGUGUUAGAAUGCCGUCCAGCUCUGGGACCCAGACCGACUUCAAGGACUGGCCAAUUUCCAGAGCUCAUUCCAGACCAGGCACCCAACCCAGCUCUAGAGCUCAGCUCAGUUCUGGAGGACAGCCUGGCUCUGGGAUCUCAUCCAGCUCCAAAACACAGUCAGUUGCUGAGACUCAAUUGGGUUCCAGAAUACAGCUAAACUCUGGAAUCCAAUCUAGUCCUGGGACCCAGACCAGUGCAGCAACAGACUUAAGCUCCACAGCCCUGUCUAGCUCAAAGAGCAGGCUGGGCUCCAGGACCCAGCCCUGCACAGCUCAAUCAGCUUCUCGGACUCCACUCACCUUGGAAACCCUGCCAAAUUCUAGAUACCAGCUCCAGGCCACAACCCAAGGCAGCUCUGGUAUUAAGACAGACUUUGUGAAGCAGACCAACUCCACAACUCAGCUCACCUCUAGAGUCCAGUUCAGCUCUGAGAAUCAGCUCAACUCUGAAUCCCAGACCAGUUCAAGAAUACAACCCAGCUCUGGAACCCACCUUAGUUCCAGAACCCAGACUGUUUCUGGAACUCAACCCAGUGUCAGAACCCAGACAAGCUCUGGAGCCCAGCUUGGCUCUGAGACCCAGCCCAGCUCAGGGGCCCAGACCAGUGCAAGCAUUCAACCCAGCUCUGAAACCCAGCUCAGUUCCAGAAGGCAGUUUAGUACCAGGAUUCAGUUUAGCUCCGAGACCCAGACCAGUUCAAGAAUGCAGCCCAGCUCAGGAGUCCAUGUGAACUCCAGAACCCAGCCCAGCUCUAAGAUUCAGUUCAGCUCUGAUAUGCCACCCAGCUCUGACACUCAGACCAGUUCAAGAACACAGCCCAGCUUUGGAACCCACCUCGGGUCCAGAACCCAGCCUGUUCCAGGGACCCAAACCAGUUCCAGAACCCAGACCAGUUUUGGAACACAGCUCAGAUCUGAGACCCAGCCCAGCUCUGGAGCCCAGGACAAUGCAAGAAUGCAGCCCAGCUCUGGAGCCUGGCUCAGUUCCAGAACCCAGACUGGCUCCAAAAUUCAGUUCAGCUCUGAGACCCAGCCCAGUUCUGAAAGCCAGACCAGUUUCAACACUGAGCCCCACUCUAGAAUCCAUCAUAGUUCCAGAACUCAGCCUGCUUCUGAAACCCAAUCCAGCUCCAGAACCCAAACCAGUUUAAGAAUCCAGCUCAGCUCUAGAAAUGGGCUUUGCCCACAGAUCCCUGGCCUUGACCCUAGAACCCAGUCUGAUCCCAUUCCACCAACUCGACCUCAGCCCCCAGGCCCACCACCCAGAGCCCCUGCUCCAGCCCCUAGCAAAGUCUCUCAGCCUCAGCCCCAGCCCCAUGAUCUGGUACAUGGAACCCAGGGCAGAAGCCCACCGCCUUCCCACCUGGCUCCACCAUCACAGGCCCCCUUGGCUCCCAAGAAACCAGCCCUUUUCCCCAAGCCCCAGCUGGGGCCCCAUAAGUCCACUCCACCCACCGUAUCUGUCAUCCCUAGUUCUGCCUCUAGGGCGGCCCCCCUGCGGUCCCAGACCCCUGCACCCCCAGCUCAGGAGCAUGCCCCCUCCCCCAUACUUAGGGAGUCAGGAACUGCUCUGCAGGGGUCAGAGCCCCUUCCCCAUGACAGGGAGCUGUAGCUUGGGGGUUACAUAGUUUUGGCCCCUGGGGGACCCCGCCCCCUCUCCUUCCUCUCCCAAUUCAGGUCCCUCCGAAGCAGCAGAUGACCUCAUUCCCCCACAGGUGAAGGGAGGGAGAAUGGAAACGGGCUUCAGUUUCACUGGGCUUGGCUCUGGGAGGUGUAAGCAGAUCCCAGGCCUGUGGAGGGGAAGGGGGGCAGGGAAUGGUUUGCUCUUCAUGUACCUCGAGGGCUCAUGGGAAUAAAGGCACA